UCGAGCGACUACUGUACACUUUUAAACUAUGUAUUGACUGCCAGGUCAAAAUGGCUGGUACUGAAAACGAAUUUCAGUUAGCCCAAGAUGGCAAAGGUGGUCUCUGUUUGGGGUGUCGGAGAUUACGAAAUAUACUCGUAUACGACUACGAACGUGUAAGUUUCAUAUCAUGGCUGUCAACGGGGAAAAUACCUCAACACGAUCAACCUCCCACUAUGACUUAUGACAUCAUUGUUAAAAAAAUGAAACAAAGAAGACAACAAAUGGAAUCACGAUUGACACACAACAACUGUGACGGCCAAAGUUUGGCUACAACUAAGGAAUUGACAAUCAUGUGUUAUCAAAAUAGGUUCAAGUGUGCUGUUACAAACUGUGAAAUUGCUUUUCCAAAGUUUAGCGCAAAAAGAUGCCCAUAUUGGUCUCUAACAGUUGAUCACCGUGUCCCAUUAUAUUACAGUAAACGUGAUCCAGAAGCUUGGGGUAUUGAUAAUCUCCAAUUGAUGUCCUACGUCAUAAAUGCAAUUAAAAGCAAUUUGCCUGAUCCAGAGAUUUACAGAUGGUUUAAAAUUUUCUACGAUACCAACUGUACAGAUGAAUAAAACAUUCCAUUGACC